CUGCAGCCGUUGCUCCUUGCGCAUUUGCUGAUCGAGGAGACUCGAUCGCCAUGGCUGCUGCGACGUUGCUCUUGGUGCUCACGGUCGUCGCCCUCUGCUCCGGUCACGGCGAGGCUUUCGACCCUAACCCUCUCCAAGACUUCUGCGUCGCCGACACCACGUCCAAGGUGCGCGUGAACGGGGUGGCGUGCAAGGACCCGGCGGCGGCGGUGGCGGACGACUUCUUCUUCGCCGGCGCGGACAGGCCCGGCGGCGGCGCGGCGAGCAAGCGGUACGGGUUCUCGGCGCUGACGGUGCAGAUCCCGGGCCUGAACACGCUGGGCGAGUCGCACGCCCGCGUGGACGUGGCGCCGGGCGGCGUCUUCCCGCCGCACUACCACCCGAGGGCGGCGGAGACGGCGCUGGUGCUGGAGGGCUCCGUCUACUUCGGCUUCGUCUCCUCCUACCCGGACAACCGGCUCUUCGCCAAGGUGCUCCGCAAGGGCGACGUCUUCGCCGUGCCCCAGGGGCUCGUGCACUUACUCUACAACAACGGCACCGCGCCCGCCGCCAUCUACGCCUCCCUCAGCAGCCAGAACGCCGGGCUGGUGCUCCUCGGCGACGCGCUCUUCGCCGGGGCCAUCCCCGACGACCUCCUCGCCAAGUCGCUCCUGACGGACAGGCACACCGUCGGGAGCAUCCGGGCCAACUUCCGGCGGUCUUGAUGCAUGCAUGGCCCCGCGCGAUGUUCCAAUCUCCUCCUGUAUUGUCUGCGGGCACAAGAAUUUGCAACCGUUCCUUUGCAAUAAAUAAACAUCUGCGCUGGAUUUCGAAAUAAGAUAUCGGUAAUCGUAAUGGGCGAACGUUCGCUCUGUACCUCCCACACGUGUGUCUCCUUGUGAGCAUGCAUGUCCCUUCCUGUCACUGGUGUAGAAUCAAGACUGAAGAGAGACGGACGGGCUAUCCAUUCCUGGAGCUCUACACCUUCUCUCCCCGGCCGUCAAUGUGGCAGCUGCUUCCUCACCUCCCUGGCGGUCGCGGCGUGGACACAAACGUUGCACGGUGGGCAAGGCGAGGGACCUCGCCGGCGCCGGCCAGCAUCGCCGCAAGCUGGUGACCACGAGUCCACGACCUGCAUGCAUCAGCUAGGGAUCGAUUCUCUCCGUGAUGGAUGAUCACGAUGGGAGGAAUCCAAUGGAGUGCUCUCUCAGGGCUAAGCCUGCUAGUAGAUGUUACUUCUUCCGUUCCGAUUUACUCGUCGUAGUUUAGUUCAAAUUGAACUAAAACCACGAUGAGUAAAUCGGAACGGAGGGAAUACCUUGUUGCAUGGUUGGACUCUUGGGAUGUUAGCUUGA